CUCGCCGCCUCUCCCCCCCGGCGGGAGCCGCUCUCAGCCUCUUUGCACUAGUCGCUCCGCUCUCUCGGUCAUGUGACCUUAACGUAACCGGACAGGAAAAGCCCCGCCGCCGCCGCCGCCGCCGCGCCGGAGACACCGACCGCGGCGGCAGCAGCAGCAGCAGCAGCAGCUUUUUGUUGUUGUGGCGGCGGCGGCGGCGGGGAGCGCACGGCCAAGGCUGCCCAGCGGUGCCUCCUCCACACCCCCCGCCGCAGCAGCACCGGCGACAGAUUUUUAAAAAAAUGGAUUUGGCCAACCAUGGACUUAUUCUCCUGCAACAGUUAAACGCUCAGCGAGAGUUUGGUUUCCUGUGUGACUGCACGGUUGCCAUCGGCGAUGUGUACUUCAAGGCACACAAAUCAGUUCUUGCUUCAUUCUCCAAUUACUUUAAGAUGUUGUUUGUCCAUCAGACCAGUGAGUGUGUCCGUUUGAAACCAACUGACAUACAGCCAGAUAUUUUCAGCUAUCUCCUGCAUCUGAUGUACACUGGAAAGAUGGCGCCUCAACUGAUUGAUCCCGUUCGGUUGGAACAGGGGAUCAAGUUCCUGCACGCCUACCCACUGAUCCAGGAGGCUAGCCUGGCCAGCCAAGGAGCCUUUUCUCAUCCCGACCAAGUUUUCCCGCUGGCCUCUUCCUUGUACGGCAUUCAGAUCGCAGAUCAUCAGCUGAGACAAGCCACCAAGAUUGCUGUGGCCCCCGAGAAGCUGGGGCGAGAGCCACGGCCUCAGACGUCCAGGAUGAGCCAGGAGCAGGUGUCCGAGGCCCCGCCGCUCUCCCAGCUGACAUCCAACCUCGCCCAGGCGAAUCGGACACACCUGACCCCCUCGGACCCGCUGCAGACCUCGCUGUCUCCGGAACUCGUUUCCACUCCCGUGCCUCCCUCAGCCCCUGGGGAGGAGACCAAUCUGGAGGCCUCCUCCUCCGACGAACAGCCCGCGUCCCUCACCAUAGCGCACGUCAAGCCGAGCAUCAUGAAGAGGAACGGGAGCUUCCCCAAGUACUACGCCUGCCACCUGUGCGGACGGCGCUUCACCCUCCGCAGCAGUUUGCGGGAACACCUCCAGAUCCACACCGGGGUCCCUUUCCCAGCCAGCCAGCCGGGAGAAAGCCGCGUGCCCCUGUCGCUUUGCAGCAACGCAGGCGACCUGGGGAAGGACGCCCUGGACGUGCCUGAGGCCGGGAUGAUAAGCGACAGCGAGCUGCAGCACAUCUCCGACUCUCCGAUCAUCGACGGGCAGCAGCACUCGGAGACGCCCCCACCCUCGGACAUCGCGGACAUUGACAACUUAGAGCAGGCGGACCAAGAGCGGGAAGUCAAGAGGCGCAAGUACGAGUGCACGAUCUGCGGCCGCAAGUUCAUCCAGAAGAGCCACUGGAGGGAGCACAUGUACAUACACACCGGGAAGCCUUUCAAAUGCAGCACUUGUGACAAGAGUUUUUGCAGGGCCAACCAGGCCGCCCGGCACGUGUGCCUCAAUCAGAGCAUCGACACGUACACCAUGGUGGACAAACAGACGCUGGAGCUCUGCACGUUCGAGGAGGGGAGUCAGAUGGACAACAUGUUGGUGCAAACCAAUAAACCCUACAAAUGCAACUUGUGUGACAAAACGUUCUCGACUCCCAAUGAGGUUGUGAAACAUUCCUGCCAAACCCAGAACUCGGACGUUUUCGCCCUGGACGAGGGGCGGUCCAUCCUCCUGGGCAGUGGGGACGCGGAAGUAACGGAACCUGACCACCCAGUGUUAGCGUCCAUCAAAAAGGAACAGGAAACAGUGUUGUUAGACUGAAUGUACCCCAUCUUUUUAAAAACUGUCAUUUUUACAGAGACUGUCCCCUAUCCCUUGCCCCAGUUCAGAACUGUAGCUCUCCGUGGCAUGAUACAACCAGGUCCCUGUGCCCCGUGUCCUCCCUGCCCCCGCCCGCCCCGACCCCAGCCCUUCCUCCGUAAAGGCUUUGUGCAUUAUAAACCUGGAACAUGUUUACUUUAAUUCAGGGGAUGUUGGAAAGAUAAUGGUCAGUAGUACUUAUAAACUCAAAUAGAUUUUGAGACGUUUUAGGUGAUUUAAAAGCCAACUCGGAACUAAUGAAGGGUACGUUAACAAAACACAACAACUAGAAUGCAAUUUGGUAAGCUAAAAAUUAUGAAUUUCCCUGGGUAAGAAGUCUUCCUUCUCAGAAAGUGUCAGAAAAUACAGCACGCUUCUUAGAGCUGCAGCUGGGCUCUGUACUAUGCAAAAUCUAGAAGGUGUGGGGGAAACUUUAAGCCCAAGAAAACGCUCUUAGUAUUUACUCUCCAGGUGUCUUAUUUCAGAAUGCAUCCUUUGAGAUUAUGUCCAGUCAAGAAAAAAAAUCAUUAGUUAAGAAAUCUACUUGAACAACACAAAAGAGAAAAAGUAAUAAUGUGAUGGCAAUCUUAAUUUUUGGACAGAACAUGACAAAGCUGUGAGUUGCGUGUGUUUCUAAGAGAAAACGUGUGGGCAUUUGCUAUAAACAGGUGAAUUAAUGCACAUGUCUUAGCGAAUUACUGGCUUCUUUCAAAGCUGAGCGAGUAACAAAACUCUGUUUUAGUUUCCAACAAAACUGUUGGUUGCAAUAGUCUUUCUGAACAGAGAAUGACAUGCCAUUCCCGCAGUUGCCAGUGUUAAAUUUGUUAUAACACCAAGCCAGCUGCUUCCGAUCAGUGUAUGCGCACAGGACAAAGGACGCAGGAACAUGCAUCUUAAGAGGGGAAGUUGUAAGCAAAGCGUGUUGUAACUUUCAUGACUUUAAAAGCUAAUGCUAAUAGUUUACUGGCAACAUUCAUUGAAGCAUCAAAAAUGGCAAAGAAAAAUCAGGACAAAAACACCUAAUUGCCGUUUGGGGGUGGGGGGGAACGAUUUUGAUAUUAGUCUCCACUUUUUUUUUUUUUUAAACACCUGAGAUUUCCAACAUUGGCCCGAAAGCAGUAAAGUGUGUCCAUGAAUCUUUCCUUAGGCCAAUAACAGAAUGGUGUGAGAGGGCUAAGCAGGAGCCAGAAAUAAGGACCGAAGGGGAAAGGGAAAAAGAGUUCAUAGCUAUGCUGUACGUAUCUGUUAAAAACUGAAUAUCCCAUCAUCCUGUUUCAUGUAUAGUUGAGUUCUCAGAUUUGUAAGUUUUUAUACAUACUUUCACGGAAUAAACAUUUAAUUAAAUGAG